AUGCUGCUUGCGCUGAUCAUUGUCCAGUUUCUUGACAGUGCCUGGUCCUCGGGAACUCUGUCUUGCUUCCACCAGGGUGAGGGCUUUUUCCGUCACAGCCCCGUCCUGGUGGAAUGCCUUAUCGGAGGAGACACCACGUGCCCUGAGCUGGUGGGAAGCAACCCUCCACAAAGAAACUGGAAAGGAAUUGCAAUUGCGUUACUUGUUAUUCUGGUUAUCUGCUCCCUGAUUGUCACUUCGGUUAUCUUGCUGACACCAGUCGAAGACAACAGCCAGUCUCAGAAGAAGAAGAUUACAGUGGAAGAUUUGUUCAGUGAAGAUUUCAAAAUUCAUGACCCACAGGCUAAAUGGAUAAGCGAUACUGAAUUCAUUUACAGAAACCGGAACGGGUCUGUGAUAUUGCAGAAUGUUGAAACAAACAGGUCAACUGUGUUAAUAGAUAACAAAAUAAUUGUAUCCAUAAGGGCUGUUCGAUAUGAAGUAUCACCAGACAGAGAAUAUGCACUUUUUGCAUAUGAUAUCAAGCCGGAGUAUCAGCAUUCGUAUACAGCGUAUUACGUCCUCAGAAAACUGCCUUAUGGGGAGCCUCAGAAUUUGUACCCUCCUGAAGUCAGCAACACGAAGCUUCAGUACGCAGGAUGGGGACCGAAAGGACAACAGCUGAUAUUUAUCUUCGAGAACAACAUCUACUACUGUGCCAAGGUGGGGAAACAAGCCAUCCGUCUGGUCUCCACCGGGAAAGACAAAGUUAUUUUCAAUGGACUCAGUGACUGGCUAUAUGCAGAGGAGAUCCUGAAGACCCAUAUCGCACACUGGUGGUCUCCAGAUGGCACGAGAUUAGCGUAUGCAACCAUCAAUGACUCCAGAGUCCCCACUAUGGAGAUACCCAUGUACACCAAUGAUCUUUAUCCCAAAGUGAAAACAUAUCAUUAUCCAAAGGUUGGAACAGAAAAUCCAAGCAUUUCCUUGCAUGUCAUUGGCUUGAACGGACCUCCCCAUGACUUGGAAAUGACUCCUCCAGAUGAUCCAAGAAUGAGAGACUACUAUAUUACCAUGGUGAAAUGGGCGACCAGUACCAAAGUGGCAGUGAACUGGCUAAACCGGGCACAGAACGUUUCCAUCCUGACCCUCUGCGACGCAACCACCGGUGUCUGCACAAAGAAACAUGAAGAUGAGAGUGAAGCCUGGCUACACAGACAGAACGAAGAGCCUGUCUUCUCCAAAGAUGGCAAGAAGUUCUUCUUUGUCCGAGCGUAUCCUCAGGGAGGGCGAGGCAGCUUCUAUCACAUUUCUAUGUCGUCUUCUCAGCCCAACAGCAGCAGCGAUAAGUUGCAGAGCGUCACGUCUGGCGACUGGGAUGUGACCAAGAUUUUGGGAUACGAUGAAAAGAGGCAUAAAGUCUAUUUCCUCAGCACAGAAGAAUUGCCAAGAAACCGACAUUUAUACAGCACCGGCCUCGGAGACUCCAACAGGCGAUGUUUGUCUUGCGAUCUGAUCAACAACUGCACGUACUUCAGCGCAUCCUUCAGCCCCAACAUGGCCCAUUUCUUGUUGACCUGUGAAGGUCCCCGGGUUCCGAUGGUGAGCGUUUACAGCACAUCAGAUGUGCCGGUUGGGCCAGACGGGCAGUUUGUGAAAAAACUCUUUGAUCUGGAGUUAAAUGAACAAGUGCAGAAGAUGGUCAAUGAAAGGCAAAUGCCUCGAGUAGAAUACAAAGAUAUCAAGAUUCACGAUUACAAAUUGACAAUGCAAAUUUUAAAGCCGGCCAUCUUCAUGGAAAACAUGCAUUAUCCAUUACUUCUGGUGGUUGACGGAACUCCUGGUACCCAGAGCGUGACAGAAAAGUUUGAAGUGAACUGGGAGAGUGUCAUGGUCAGCUCCCACGACACGAUCGUGAUGAAGUUCGAUGGCCGUGGGAGCGGAUUUCAAGGGACCAAGCUGUUGCACGACGUUAAAAGGAAGCUGGGCGUUUUCGAAGAAAAGGACCAAAAGGAAGCUGUCAGACUAAUGACGCAAGACUCAUGUGUUGAUAAGACAAAAGUCGCCGUGUUUGGAAAGGACUACGGUGGCUACCUGAGUGCUUACAUCCUCCUCUCUGGAGAGGAGAACAAAGAGCAGCUCUUCAUGUGCGGCGCGGCUCUUUCCCCGCUGACGGACUUCAAGUUGUAUGCUUCAGCCUUCUCGGAAAGAUACUUGGGAUUACUAGGGAUUGAUAAUAAAGCAUAUGAGAUUACCAAACUCUCCCACAGAGUCAUGUCAACGAAAGACCAAAAGUUUUUGAUCAUCCACGCGACUGCCGACGAGAAAAUCCACUUCCAGCACACGGCUGACCUCAUUACUCACCUAAUUAAGGCAAAGGCUAAUUACAGCUUGCAGAUCUACCCGGACGAGGGCCAUUACUUCAAUUCCGCCCUGGAGCAGCACUUGUACAAGUCCGUCAUCAACUUCUUUGCGGAUUGUUUCAAAGUCCAGGACAAAACCCCAGUAGUUUCAACAAAAGAUGACGAGGAUGAGGAUUAA